UGACAUAGAGCUGCACGACAAGAGCUGGGAAACGAUCAAGCAUCAGGUCUCCACUAAAAAAUACUUUCAGGACACGGAGAAAUCCACAUUUCACAAUGCCUGCUGAUUAUAACGGCUACUGGAAAAUGAUCUCCAAUGACAACUUUGAGGAGUAUCUCAAAGCUCUCGAUAUUAAUGUUGCUAUCAGGAAAAUUGCUGUUUUGUUAAAACCUGACAAAGAUGUCACCCAGAAUGGAGAUCACUUUGUCAUCAAGACUAUCAGCACAUUCAAGAACUAUGACAUGGACUUUGUGGUUGGUCAGGAGUUUGAGGAAGACCUGGGUGCAGUUGAUGGCAGGAAAUGUAUGACUACCAUCACCUGGGAUGGAGACAAGCUUGUGUGUGUGCAGAAAGGAGAGAUUGAGGGCAGGGGCUGGACCCACUGGAUUGAAGGAGAUGAACUUCACUUGGAGCUGAGAGCAGCUGGAGUUGUGUCCGAGCAGGUUUUCAAGAAGUCUUAAGCUUACGUUGUAUAGUUCAGCCACCUAGUGGAGAAGACAGAAACAACCACCAUAGACUGAGCUGUGCAUCCAUUCAUCCUCUCAUUCAUCAAUCUUUCUGUUUACACUUGCAUUUUGCAUAUAUGCAUCUGCUUGAUGUGCCUUUCUAGAGUAUACUCAUCAGACAAAGUGUUUUCCAAAUGAGCAAUUAGCCUACUUUAGUGGAUAUUGCAGACACAUUUUAAAUUCAUUUGUGUGUGGGUUUGGUCGCGCUGCGGUCACUAUGCCUCCUGAGAGAUUUACUGCUGUCUAAAAAUACCGUCUUUACAUCUGAGGGUCUUUCUGAGAUAAGAUGGGUCUUGACCCCACAGAAAAUUGAGCUCUUUUCAGAAGCAGGAAGAGGAGGAUGAAAUGGGAAGGGGCUGUAAACCUGCACUCCUGCAUCCAUAUAUCAUGUGUGCUGAAAGUGUGACAAAUCACAACUUACAAAAUAAAGAAAACUGAUGAGAAUAGUGAA